AUGUCGAACGAUGAUAGCGUGUUCCGCCGCGUUGGCCGGGGUGGGGCCGGGAAUUGGUAUAGCAAGAAGGAUGUCCAAGAGGCUGCCGACAAAGAGACACUUGAUGUUGAGGCACAGAAACCUACCGGGACAGAGCCGGGGGCAACAGUUGCACAAUCCCCAGAAGGCCCGGCAUAUACCCGUGCGGGUCGGGGCGGCGCGGGCAACUUCUACGACGCCGGGGCCGGCUCGGACCCCGCUGUUGCAGCGAAGGAAGAAGCUCAGAAGACAAAGGCAGCCGUGGCUGCACACUCUGCAAGGCCAAGGACGACUGGGCUGGGCGGCAGAGGCGGCGCUGGUAACUGGGGAGCUGACCUGGCGGCUGAGCAGCAAGAAAGAGAGGAGGAGAACAAGAGAAGACUGAAGGAGCUAGAAGAAAAGGUGCUGCAGGAUGUCGAAUCCGGGCUGGCGAUGCCCGCGAGAGCAUAUCGAUCGCAUGACCGAGAGAGUGAAUGA